ACCAUCACGUGGAAUGCAACCCCUUAACGUAAACAAUCCUCGCUCGUCUGCAGAGACUCUCCCCCCUCCCACACGAGUGUGCAUAUACCACUCCCUUCUCCUCAGUUUGCUCCUUCCUUUCUCCGUCCAAAUCGCCUUCCGCUCUUGCUGUUAUGUCCUCCCCAUUCCUCCGUACAGUUGUCACAGCCAACCGCAGCAUCAUGCGCGCUGCCGGCCGCCCUGGAGCAAAGAAGGGCAGCUCCACCGCACUCAAUGGCGAUGCUCGAAAUGAUCUUAUCAAGAAGGUUCUGUUUGACGCCCCUCCUAGACCACCCGUGCGCAUGUCUCCCGAAGACCUCGCCCGCCAUGAGACUAUCGAGCGUGCCUGGAAGCUCGUCCGUCAACAGCGCAAGCAGGAGCAGGAGAAGACUCUGGCCCGGAAAUUCGAAAUGAUGCGCAAGGCCAACGCCGAGCUCGAGGCCACCAGCCCAAUCCUGUUCAAGCACUCGCAGACCAAGGAAAGGAACGCCGUCUUCCCAAGGCAGCUCAGGACCCUCACGGAUACGCCCGCAAAGCAGAUCUGGAACUAUCGCCAGUCGACAGCAACCAGCCACAAGGCAUGAGGGGCCGAUCCGAUAAUGCAGAUCAGCGGUACCAGGGAAACAUCUAGCCACUAACAACGUGCAACGGAUUUCAGUCCUCUGGAGCAGAAACAGGAUAUAGCUCAUUUCGAUCCGCUCGGGAUGUACUGGCAAGCAGGAGCGGGAGCAUAGCAGAGGAAGAAAGCGCGGAAGCAUCAUUGAUACUUAGACACUCAGCACCACAUUGUACACCACCGAAAUAUAUCUAUUACGAUUCAUC